AUGAAGCUUCACAUUUAUGUCCUAUUUUUGUCCAUAUGGACAAUCAGCUGUUUGAAUACAAACCAAACUGAGGCCCCGACCACUACAGCUGUAACAAGGCAUACCGAAUCCAUGAAGAUGAAAAUGGACAGUUUCAGAAGACAUUUGCUGAUUAUCGUAAUUGGUAUUAUGGUCAUUGCUUUUGCCUUUACCUGUUUCUGUUUCUUCCAUUAUAACUGUGCCAAUGAAGGAGAAACAGGCAAGAAAGAAGUUGGAACAGGCAAUCCAUCUAUAUCAACCAAAAUAUUAGUCCCUGAGUCCAAGGCACUCAGUCCAAUCACUCCAGAAAAACCACUUAUGCUGUUGGGUACGGACAAGUUAUGUAUAGACAAGUUAGGUAUGGAUAAGUUAGGUGCAGACAAGUUACCUGGGCCCUCUAUGGCAGAAAAGUCAAACAGGCCCUCGAGUCCUGAAAAAUCAGCCAUACCUUCCAGUGAAGAAAAGUUAAUCAAACACUCUAGUUCAGAAAAAUCUAUACAAUCUAGUGGAGAAAUGUUAAUCAAGCCAUCAAGUAAAGAUAAGUCCUUUAAGUCACCAAAAAGCAAAAAAUUAUAUGGAGCAUCCCAUCUGGACAACAAACAUAAAAAAACCCACGUAGGCAAGUCCCAUAAGACCCCUCAGACAAAUAAGCCAGUCAGUCCUUGCUAUCCAAAUAAGGUAACGAGACCACUUUCUUCAAUCAAACCAACAAAUCCACUUUGUCCACCCAGUCCUCAAAAUCAAACCCCAGCACUGAAGUCAUCCAGUUUCCAGAAACUGAGCAAACACCCCAGAAACAGCAAUCUAAAAUGGCCAGGUAAUAACAGUAAGACAGACACAUUGUCUGUAGUUGAGUCUUGUCGCUGCUACAAGAAAAGCUGCCUUAUUUGUCAUACUCUUUACACACCUUUGAUCAAUGAUAUUGCUGAGGCAGAGAAGAAAGAAUCUCAAAACCUGUCUUUUUCAAAUAAACUGAAAUCUUUUUCCAGAUCUUAUUACAAAGUAGAUUCCAGUGAUAAUGCACUCAUGAGUGACAGUGAUACAAGGACCUAUGAUAGUAAUGAUGAUAGUGAGAGAGAGAUCACUAUCAUUUGUAAUAUAAAACACAAAGAAAUCACCUUUAAAGGCACUCAAAAUAGAAACCAACAAUGA